UCUAAGCAUUGAAAACAAAACAAAAUGUAAUUAUGAAAUUACAAGGAAACCGCAUUAUAGCAUAACAUAACGAAAUAAAAACAUUUUUAUUACACCAUUGACCUUGGACUCUCCAGCCUCCGCGUGCAGAAAACGACCAAGUCCUCCAACCGGCUUACCCCUUCAAAGUUGAAAGCCGGCACAACUAUAACACAGCUCCUCGCCGCCCCCCCUUCUUCUUCAACACAUCUCUCUCUCUCUCUACCAAGUGGAAGAAAAAUGUGCCUGGAAGUUGCAACAAUGGCGUCCUCGGUGUGCCUGGAGAUCAUAAGCACCUCAUCAUCUUCAACGGAAGAAUCGGAAAUGCAGUUUUUGAUUUCUCCUCGUGUGAUCGAAAGUGGAAAGAUAGAGAAGAACACAGCAAAGAAGACGAAUUGUAAUUGCGAAUUGGUGGAUUACGACUCUCUUCCUGAAUUCCUGAAGCAUAACGAGUUCAUCCUUAAUCACUACCGAUCUGAGUGGCCUCUCAAGCAAACCAUUCUCAGCAUCUUCUCCAUCCACAACGAAACCCUCAAUAUCUGGACGCACUUGAUCGGCUUCUUCCUCUUCCUCAUCCUCACUUACCACGCAUCCACCCUCUUCCCAACCAGUCAAAACCGCUCAGGAAAUUCGUCAAACAGCUUAAGUGCAUCAACGUCGGACACCUUCAUCUCCCGCUGGCCGUUCUAUCUCUACUUAGCCGGCGCCAUGUUCUGUCUCCUCAGUAGCUGCGCUUGCCAUCUUCUCUCCUGUCACUCUUCCUUCACCUGCUAUCUCACCCUCCGAUUUGACUACGCCGGAAUCUCCAUCCUCAUCGUCUCCUCCUUCUACCCUCUCGUUUACUACUGCUUCGCUUGUAUACCCUUCUACCGUAACCUCUACAUCUACACCAUCACUCUGUUCGGCAUCACCACCAUCGUCGCCUCCCUCUUGCCGGUGUUCGAGACGGCGAAGUUUAGAGCCGCCAGAGCGGUGCUCUUUGCCUGUAUGGCGGCGUCAGGACUGGUUCCAAUUGUGCACAAGAUGGUGGCUUUUGGCGAUAGGAAGGAGGCCGUGGUAAGUACAGUGUACGAGGUGGUGAUGGGGUUGUGCUAUGGGGUCGGAGUGGUGGUUUACGGCGCAAGAGUCCCGGAAAGAUGGAUGCCGGGAAAGUUCGAUAUCGCCGGACAUAGUCAUCAGUUUUUCCAUGUUUUGGUUGUUGCAGGGGCGUACAUGCAUUACUUGGCUAGUUUGAUGUAUUUGCAAUGGAGAGAGACAGAAGGCUGUUAGAAACCCCAAAAAAGGUUUUUUUUUUUGGCAAAAAAAAUUGGAUCAGAACACUGUGAUC